CAAUAGAAAUGCUGCCAGCCUUCUGGGCACACUGCGGCUGGUCGAUGUUAUCCAAGGACUGCACAAUUUGUCAAUUUAAUUUUGUCCAUUUGUUUCCCACGAAAUUGGGGUUCCCCAACGAUGUCGUUGAAACUUUGAGGCCAUAUUAUUACAAAAUAUUAAGAUUUCUCGUAAGACCCACUACGGAGAAAAACCAGGGAGUAAUAGCGGAAAAAAGUUUAGAAAUACGUCCGUCAAAAUAUUCCGACGCUGAAUCGAAAAUGAUGAAACUCCUGGAAGAUGCCUCGGACGCGGAGAGAGAAAAUAGUGAAACCACACUAGAAAAAGUCGACGAAAGGCUGAGGCGGUUCAACCCGGGGGAGUAUUCACAGCAGGAGUUAAUGGCCAUGAUGAAGAAGAAGCAGAAGCUGAAGGAGAGCUUCGCCGAUCACGCGCGGAAACCAUAUUGGGUGGGAGGAGACCAAUUGUUUAACAGGACUGUCCAGCACAGAGAAAUAAACACGACUCUCGCACGUGGCACAGACGUCGCAACACAAACCUAUUCUUUUAGUAAGUGGGUUAAUUUUGUAGGAAGGGCAUCGUACGUUGAUUUAUUUAGACUUUAA